AUGGGGGAAUUGCUGGUUCCCCUCGUGGGGCUGGCUUUUGCCUUGCCGGAGGAAGAAGCAUCGGCGGAGAUUCUCGAAAACUCGGUCCGCUCUCCAAGAGACUCGUACGGGUCCGCUGGAUACGGCGGUUCGUUUCAAUCGGGUGGAUACCAAGCUGGUGGUGAAUCCCUCGGAGCCGCAGCCGGCGGAUACGGAGGAGGGCUCGAGCUCGGCGGCGGUGGAAGUGGGGGCGGCGGCUACGGAGGUGGCGACGCCGGUGGCUAUGGAGGUGGCGACGCUGGCGGCUAUGGAGGAGGCGGCGGCGGCUACGGAGGUGGCGGCGGCGGCGGCGGCUAUGGAGGUGGCGGCGCUGGCGGCUUUGGAGGUGGCGUCGCCGGGGGCUUUGGAGGUGGUGGUGGUGGUGGCGGCGGCUACGGAGGCGGUGAAGUCCAAUACGCUCAACCGACCGUGAUCCACGUUCCCAUCCGGGUCCCCAUCCCCUACUACAUCCCCAAGCACCAACACCAACACCACCACCACAAGCACGUCCACGUGACUCCCAUCACCAACAACCACCGUCACGUCCGCAUCUAUCCCCUGUACCAGCAACACCGCCACGUGAACAUCCACCCGAGCACGACCAAGAUCGUGAAGGUGCCCACCCCCAUCCUCGUGAAGCCCGUGGUGACCCCGAUCUACAAGCCCGUCGAGGUGAGACACAAGACGGUGAGGCACUACAGCCACGCGGCCCAGAACGUCGUCCAGCAGGUCCCAGGGAAGACCACCUUCGGAGGCAGCUACGGAGGCCUGGCCAGUAGCCAACACAUCGACGAGGGACACAGCUACGUCAACAAGGGAACCGUCCACGAGGGCGGCGGCAGCAGCUACGUCUCCACCCUUCCGGCGACCAUAACUAAACCCGUGGUCACUGGCGGGUACGGAGGAGGCGGCGGCGGCGGCGGCGGUUUCGGAGGCGGCGCAGCAACCGGCGGCUACGGAGGCGGUGCAGCAACCGGUGGCUACGGAGGCAGCGAGGGGGCAGCGGGCGGAUACGGCGGAGAUGUCGGCGGCAGCAACGAAGGAUACGGAUCCGGCGGAUACGGAGGUGGCGCCUCGGCCGCCGUCUCGUCCAGCUACAGCGUGGGUGGAUCCUACGGUGGCGGCGACGAUGGAGGCUCUGGAGGCUACGGAGGCGGCGCCGUCGGCGGCGGCGGCGGUGGCGGAUACUAA